UUCAGAUUAGGGCUUUUGGAUCCCCUAAAGCCCUAAACCCCGAGCGAUGAAGAUAGCGCUGGGGAUAGAGGGCUCCGCGAACAAGAUCGGCGUCGGCAUUGCCAAGAGCGAUGGGACAAUCCUCGCCAAUCCGCGGCGCACCUACAUCACUCCACCAGGUGAGGGAUUCCUGCCGCGCGAGACGGCAAUCCAUCACCAGCAGCAGAUCUUGCCCCUGAUCAAGGCGGCGCUGGACGAGGCCGGGCUCGCCCCGGGCGACAUCGAUUGCCUGUGCUACACUAAGGGGCCUGGGAUGGGAGCGCCGCUCCAGACAGUGGCAGUGGUGAUUAGGGUUCUAUCGCUGCUGUGGAAGAAGCCCAUCGUGGCUGUCAAUCACUGCGUGGCUCACAUUGAGAUGGGGAGAGUCGUAACUGGCGCCAGCGAUCCAGUGGUGCUCUAUGUCAGUGGUGGGAACACGCAGGUGAUAGCUUACAGCGAAGGGCGCUACAGGAUUUUUGGAGAGACGAUUGAUAUCGCUGUGGGGAAUUGCCUGGAUCGAUUUGCCAGAGUUCUCAACAUCUCCAACGAUCCAGCUCCGGGUUAUAACAUCGAACAGCUCGCGAAGAAGGGGAGCGAGUACAUUGAGCUGCCUUACGUGGUGAAAGGAAUGGACGUUUCUUUCAGUGGCAUUUUGAGCUACAUUGAGAGCGUUGCGACCGAGAAGCUGGCAGCCAAGGAGUGCACUCCAGCUGAUUUGUGCUUCUCACUCCAGGAGACUGUGUUCGCGAUGCUGGUGGAGAUCACAGAACGAGCAAUGGCCCACUGUGACAAGCGAGACGUCCUCAUCGUCGGCGGCGUUGGAUGCAACCAGAGGCUGCAAGCCAUGAUGCAGGUGAUGUGCGACGAGAGGGGAGGCAAGCUCUUCGCGACGGACGACAGAUACUGCAUAGACAAUGGAGCCAUGAUCGCGUAUACUGGGCUCCUGGCGUUUGAGGCUGGCAUCACUACUCCACUGGAGGAAUCGACGUGCACUCAGCGGUUCCGGACUGACGAUGUGUUGGCCGUGUGGAGGAAGUGACAAGCUCGCUCGACUUUGUGGGAAUUCGCAUUCCCAUCCGGGUUUCUACGUUGAUCCAGAAGAGGUACUUUCACUGGAGUUCUUUUUGCUCUCACCUCUAGACUUGAGCUGGUUGUGAAGUCGUCGAUCACUCGAUAGUUCUGGCAAGAUAAUCAUAUCGAUGGCGAUCACACCAAGUCUCACUCGGAGCUCUCAAGCAAGCCGAGGAUUACUUACUCCGGAUUGACCGGAGAAUAUUCUUACAAUAGCAGCGAAUCUGGAUAAUGUAAAGCCCUAAUUUCUUCUGUGUGGAAAUGGGAACGAGGGCGAGGGCGCUGGCGCUCUACCGAUCGUUACUGCGAUCAUCUCGGACAUGGCCGGGUCCGGAGAACGAGAAGCAAUACAUCAAGGACGAGGCCGUGCAGCUCUUCCGGAAGAACCAGCAUUUGUCUGAUUCCAAGCUGAUCAACGAGAAGAUAUUUGAAGGGGAGACCCGGUAUGAGAUCGCUUGGCACUACAAGAUCCCAUACCCGCGGCUUCACAAUCUUUCCACGGGUUCUGUCGCCGAAACAUCGCAUCACAGAGUUAUAGGCCCGGAUUACAAGGUCCCCGUGGAGGACGAUGGAGAAGUUCCCGGGCUGAAGACUAAAUCGAGCAAUGGAAACAGGUGCUACGCUUGAGAAGUAAAACCUCGUGUAUAAAACUCUCGUACGGAAUGAUUAUUCUAGAGAAUAUGCUGAUCCGGCCGAGAA